AUGGCAGCGACACAGAUGCAGCUCGAAGACUGGCUGGAUGAUCUUUGCGUUCGCUUCAUCAUUAACCUCCCUCAAGAAGAUUUGUCCUCGGUUGCCCGAAUAUGCUUUCAAGUCGAGGAAGCGCAGUGGUUCUACGAGGACUUUAUUAGGCCACUCGACCCAAAUCUGCCAUCCAUGUCGCUGAGGACCUUUUGCUUGCGAAUUUUUCAACAUUGUCCUUUGCUGGCGUCAUUCUCUGUUGAGAACCAUACAAAGGCUUUCGAGGAGUUCCUCCAGUACAAGACCCGUGUUCCCGUCCGUGGCGCCAUCAUGCUCAAUCAUGCUAUGGACUCCGUCGUAUUGGUCAAGGGUUGGAAGAAAGGCGCAAACUGGAGUUUCCCACGAGGCAAGAUAAAUAAGGAUGAGGAUGAUUUGGACUGUGCUGUCCGCGAGGUCUACGAAGAGACUGGCCUUGACCUGCGCGCUGCUGGUCUCGUGCCCACCGAAAAGAAGCCGAAGUACAUUGAGAUAUCUAUGCGGGAGCAGCAGCUUCGACUUUACGUCUUUCGCGACGUCCCCAUGGAUACCAAGUUUCAACCCAGGACUCGUAAAGAAAUCAGCAAGAUUCAGUGGUACAAACUGUCUGAGCUUCCUGCAUUUCGCAGGAAGGGGCAACAAAACCAGAGCGACGGUGGUUCUGGGCCUGCCGUAAACAAGUUUUACAUGGUUGCCCCUUUUCUCGUUCCUCUCAAGAAAUGGAUUCAUUCGCAAAAGAAACUCAACGAUAAAAGAGCAACAAGCGGAGUUCAUGGCUAUUUGCCCCAUCAUCACAUUGCUGUUGACGAGGUAGUCACAACCGAAGACGACACCUGGGCACCUGGCUAUUCCGAACAACCAUCUCAUGUUCCUGCUAUUGAAACUCUGGACGGGGCAACUCGAGAACUGCAGCGACUUUUGAAGAUGCAGCCUCCCACCCAGGGCAUUCAAUCACCACAUCAGGAGGACAAAGGAACAGCUUUGCUUUCCAUUCUUCAAUCUGGCAAUGCACCCCCAGCACCGCCGACUCACCAGCCUGCACCACUACCGCAUACGCCUUCGAAUGCAAUAGUGUCUGAGCCUCCGCAUCCACAGAAUCCUCAUCAUCACACUAACUUGAACGUUUUCCCGCGAGUUCAGUCACAACCGGUUCCUCCUUCCUUUCCUCUUGCCCCUGACCAGGGACAUGCAUCGUGGAACCCGGCAGCAAGUCUUGCGAACAAUGCUCAAAAUGCCCCGUCGUCUUACCCAGACAUGCCCAGGCACCAACAACCUGGCCAGCAGCAGCUUGCCUCCGCUCACACACAACCACUACCAACCCAAUAUCAGGGUCCAGGGACUCACGACGGACUGCUCCAGAGUCAAGCUGCAAGCCAACAUGUUCCUACUAUGCAGAGUCUUUCCCCCAGUGCUGCCUCUAGACAGGGACUAAUAGCAGGUCAGCAAAAUAGCCAGAUGCCUGCUGGCCCUAGUUCCGCGAAACUGAGCGGAGCUUCCCUUGCUCUUCUCAAUGCAUUUAAACGGGAUACAGGAUCCGCUUCGAACAGUCACUUGGCCCAAGAUGCAUUGUCGUUUGGCCACAGUGCCCAACCCGGAGCUCAAGGCCCUCCAUUUUUCAGCCAAAAUGCACGCGAUAUCCCGAUGAACCAAGUAGGUGGGGUUUCGACUCAUGGCCCAGGAGAACAAGCGAACGUUUCAGAACUAGUCGGAUCCUCUGUCCAGCCCAGGGAAGAUCCGCACCGUUCGGCUCUGCUGGGUAUGUUCAAAAAGACACCAUCAAAUGCUACAACGAGCCAGGUCGAGAGUGGAUCCUUGCAUCAACAACAACUCGCAAAUCCGAACCAAUACGCUGGAGUGGCAGGACAGGCUGAGAGCAUGCUCCUCCAACACUUUCAAGCGAACCGUGGUCCGGCCGAUCAUCAACUGUCACUAGGGCGGCUGUCUAUUCAAACCAAGCCAGGUCAACAAUCUGCGCCCUCUCCUCGUCGCGGGGAGAAUUUAAGCCCUCAUCGCUAUCAACAGCAACAGCAAGCUGCUUGGUCGCCGAUUGCCUCUGGCCACAGCCAGCAACCCCAAGUGCCUCGAAUACUUCAGCGGGGACAAUCUUUGACCGAUUUCGGUGGCUCUCCUCCUCAACAACGUGGAAUCUCUCAAGAGCCCGCGCCAUCUGCGUUACAGAAUGCCACUCAGCGCCCUCUUGGCUCUGGAGUGGAACCUUCCGUGAUGGCCAAUGCUGGGGACCGUGGCCGACGACCUGAUGGUGGCCGCGAGCAAAAACAGCAGCUUUUAUCCCUUUUUGGGAAACAGCAAAGCCCAGGAACUAUACCGCCAGGUUCCGGUGUGGAUUCAGGAGAGAGUUCAGAGUUUCCUCGUUCGAGGGUAUCAUCAUUGGCGUCCAGAGGUGGGGAGACGCCCAUAUCUCCUGCUGAACAAACUUUCUUGUUGGACUAUUUGCAGUCGGUCACCAAGAACACCGGUCGUCGAUGA